AUGGACCCCAAUACUAGUUCCCAGGAUGUGAUCAGAUGUGACUUAUGUGAGAUUGCUGAAGUACAGAUGCACUGUGAUACAUGCCAUAAUAACCUGUGCAAUGCCUGUGUGGGAGAACACAUUUCUACUGAUGACUUUAAAGAUCACAAAGUGGUCAGAUUUCAGUUUAGAAAUUCCACUCCCCUCUACCCUGGUUGUGCCUUCCAUGAAAAAGAACGAUGCGAGAUGUACUGUAGACACUGUGCAAUUCCUGUCUGUUGCACCUGCCUGGCAUCUGAUCAACACCUCGGUCAUAGAUUAUCAAAAAUCUUACAAGUUCUGGGGGAAAAGAAAGAAAUGAUUAAAAAAGAGCUAAAUCAAUUAAAUGAAACUAUUUAUCCGACCUAUCAGCACAUUGCAGCUGAUGUUCAAAACAGAAUAAGUGAGCUAGAAAGGGAAUAUAAAGGGAUCUCAGAGGCCAUCACAAAACGUGGACAUUACUGGCACAGAAAAGUUGACAAAGUUGUGAAGAAACUUAAAUCCCAAGUUGAUGAAAUGAAGAGCUCUCAGUUACAAACUUUGCGGAAACAUUUGGAUGAAAUUAACAAGAAAAUUAUUGACAUUAAAGAUGAAAUUGAUUCAUUUGAUACAUGUAUUGCUGAACACACCAAUGACAUUGCAAGAUUUAUAAGUGUAAGACCCAAGACAGAUCAAUAUCAAGAGCUUCCACAAAAACUUGUACCUUCCCUACCAAAAUUCACUCCAAGGACAAUUCAAGACGAAACAUUCUGUCAUCAAUUUGGAGGUUUAUCGCCAUUUUUGUUUACAUUGAAGAACAUGGCUACAGAUUGA